AAAUACACAAAAGGUAGGAAAAAGAAAAGGAGAAGAUACGAGAGAGCUCUAGGACGGAACGAGCGAGGGAGCGAGCGAGACAGUACAGAAGCGAAUAGCAGGCGAGGCGAGGAGAGGAGGCGAGGGGAAGCAAGGAUGAGGGGCGGCGGCGGCGGGAUGAUGGACGACGGCGGGGUUGAGCACGCGCAGAUCCCGAAUAGCUUCGGCCACGAGCUCCGCGCAUGCCUCCGCUGCCGCCUCGUCAAGACCUACGACCAGUUCAGGGAGAAUGGCUGCGAGAACUGCCCCUUCCUGGACAUGGACAAAGAUCGCGACAACGUUGUCAGCUGCACCACCGCCAACUUCACUGGAAUAAUAUCGCUGAUGGAUCCUAAUAGGAGUUGGGCUGCUCGUUGGUUGAGAAUUGGGAGGUUCAUUCCAGGGUGCUAUACUCUGGCUGUCUCAGAGGAACUUCCAGAGGAGUAUCAGGGGAUGUGCCAAGACAACAACGUGCAGUACUUCCCUCCGAAGCGCCCCUGAGCAGGCUCGAAGUUGAUGCAGUCGUGAUCCUGGAGCAGUACUUUUACAUAUAGUUGCACCUGUAAUGUCUGCUGAUUAAACUGCCGCCAGUGUUAUGCAUACUCUAGCGAUUUGUGGAACGCUUCUGUACAACCUGGAGACGUUUUAAGCUGAACUAGUUCAUCGCACAUUUCUACUUGGACGAGACAUUGCAAGCUGUAGUUUUACUAGAUGACCCGUUGCGCCAAUGGCGCAAAGGCCGAAUGUAAGCCAGGUAUUGUAAGAGUGUGCAUUAACAUAUUGUUGUUCGAAAAGCAUAACUCAUGAUACUAUAUGCAGCAAGCAAGCGAUAGUCAUAAGCA